AUGUUCUCGCGCACCGCCCGCCCGGCAUGGAAGGCCGGCUCUGCCGCCGUCGCCCGUGUUGCUCCCGCCAAUGCCGCCAACUUUGCUACCCUCCGUGAGAUCGAGGGCCGCCUGAAGUCCAUCAAGAACAUCGAGAAGAUCACCAAGACGAUGAAGAUUGUUGCCUCUACCCGUCUCAACAAGGCCCAGCGUGCCAUGACUCUGUCUAGAGCGUACGGUGAGACCUCCGAGGCCGUCUUCGGCCAGGCAGAGACCAAGCCCCUCGAGGGCCUCAAGACCCUCUACAUCGUCGCCAGUUCCGACAAGGGUCUCUGCGGUGGUAUUCAUUCCGGCCUCAGCAAGGCUACCCGACGAAUGAUCAUGGAGAAGCCCGACGCCGACAUUGUUGUGCUCGGAGAGAAGUCCAAGGGACAGCUCUCCCGAUCCAACGAGGACAACCUCGUCCUCAGCUUCGCUGGUGUCGGCAAGGACGUCCCUACCUUUGCUGAAGCCCAGGCCAUUGCCGACCAGAUCUGCCAGUUGCCCACCGACUACGCCAGCAUCAAGAUCGUAUACAACAAGUUCAUCAACGCCCAGGCCUAUGAACCCACCACUGUGGAGGCUUUCUCUGAGGAGGCUAUCAUCCAGUCCCCCAAUGUCGUCGCUUUCGAGGUUGACUCCGAGGUCCUUGCUAACCUCCGUGAGUAUGCUCUUGCCAACAGCUUGUACUGGGCCUUGGCUGAGGGACACGCUUGCGAGAUCUCUAAUGCUUCCAAGAACGCAGGUGACAUGAUCCAGAGAUUCCAGAUUCUCUACAACAGACAGCGUCAAGCCGCCAUUACCGGUGAAUUGGUUGAAAUUAUCACUGGUGCCACCGCUUCCGAGGAUAUGUAA